UGUGGCACUGAUCACCCCUCAUACGGAGGCAGCGCUGCCCUCUGCACGCCGCUCCUGCCAGCGUAGAACCAGGCGGAUGUACCGAUGGCUCGUACUGUAUUUCUGGUGACUUUCACAUAAUGUUAUUGUGUGUUGCGGGCUGUUUGCCACCAUCCGGUCACUUGCCUUCCACCCGGCCGUCUGCAUGAUCGGACUGGCUGGAGGUAGAUGUGUGAAAGCAGCGGAUCCGUGCGCGCCGGUUUGGUGCAGGCGGCGAAAACGCUCUGAAAACCUCCAUCUCUGCCCGAGUGAGAGUCGACUGGAGCUGUCUGGCUGGUCCCACUGCACAACUAUGACUCUGAGCUCAUGAAGAUUUUGUAAAGGAAGAAAAAAAAAAAAUACAUCCCUGUUAAAGCCCACUUGUUUCCUCAAUGGCUUCCCGCAGCCAAGGCUUCUUCCAUCAUCAUCAUCACCACCACCACCAUCGCAACUCCAUGGUACCUGCAACGGUGCCGAGGCUGCUGCCCGAGAAUGGCAGCCUGCUGGGAGGCAUUGCACAAAUCACCCCCAAUCUCUUCCUCAGCAGAGGAAAUGUGGCUUCCAACCGUAGCCUGCUGCUGUCUAAAGGCAUCACCUGUGUGGUCAACGCCACCAUCGAGCUCCCCAACUUUAACUGGCCUCACAUGGAGUAUGUGAAGGUGCCACUGGCAGAUAUGCCCCACUCCCCCAUCUCCUUAUACUUCGACAGCGUGGCCGAUAAGAUCCACAGUGUGGGACGUAAACGAGGGGCGGUGCUGGUGCACUGUGCAGCAGGAGUGAGCCGCUCUGCCUCUCUGUGCCUGGCGUAUCUCAUGAAAUAUCACCGUGUGUCUCUAGCCGAGGCCCACGCCUGGGUCAAAGCCCGCCGCCCCGUCAUCAGGCCCAACGGCGGUUUCUGGCGCCAGCUCAUCGAGUACGAGAGGAAGCUGUUUGGUAGAAACUCUGUUAAGAUGGUGCAGACGCCCUACGGGGUCAUACCUGAUGUUUACGAGAGGGACCGCAGGAGCCUCGCUCCGUACUGGGGUCUGUGAGAGAGGCAGUGCCAACUGUUCAGUGAAGGGUUGACGAUGAAAGUGAAGCCCUUUUGCCCUUCUGGACUGGAGGUUCCUACCUGCUCUGGACAGAGAAAGUGGAGACACACAAGUAUGCAUGUGUGUGAAGCUUAAUUAAUGAACAGUGGUGCUUUUGGAAAGAGGGAGUUUAAUCAAACACUGGCUGUUGAUGGUGCUGCUGCUGAUCCAACCAAUUUUCUCCAAUUUAGUCUUCAAGUGGGAGAAAGACGACUUAAAGCCCAGAAUCCUGCAGACCAGAGGAUCGGAUAGGACCACAGUGAUGACAGACACCAACACAAGAUAAAACUUUGAGUUGAAGUCAGUGCCGUCCUUCUACCGGUCUGUCUUCCAGUCCAGGUGGUUGAUGAGUGCUCCAUACAGGUGUUCAAAGUGGUUGAGACUCUGCAACUCUGACAGUGAUGUGACUGAUGUUCUUUUCCUGACGUGGUGUCAUGUGAUGGUAUUGUGCCAGUUUUGCAGUAAUCCUUAGUGUGAAGGGCAGCAGCAUGCUCUUAAUUUAUGGUAGCAUUAAAGAUAAAAUGUACAGAAAAAAAAUAUAGGCAAAUUAUUUUAUUGGAAUGUACUGAUAGUGAGGGGAAAAAAAAAGUUUAUGGUGCACUUUAACUGAACAAGAGUCAAAGAUGUUAUUCAACCUUUUUUAAGGUGAAAUUUGAAAAGAUGUAAGCUAGCAGUCAAGGUUUAGGGAAAGCUCCUGUGUAACACAGGGUUGACUGUUCUGUCCUGUGACCACACUAUGUUAUUGUAGUGCUAUUUGAUGCUGUAUUAAAGAAAAUAUCUGCUGCCUCAAUA